ACUCUCGCUCGGUCGGAUCGCUCAAAGCUCCUGUCCCCGAGCAUCGAUCAUUCCCAAAAAUGGCCGAGUCUCUCUGGCCAUGGUUGAGGCUACCCUUCUAUUUAAGUACAGCAUUCGUGAGUCUCGGAGGUGGUGCUCUAUAUUACUUCCAGAACGAAAUCAUAUAUCCAAGAAAUCUGCCUCCAGGAGCCCGCAAAGAAGUCCCCCAACCAGGCCAAUUCGGUAUUGAAGAUGCUGAGCAGCUUUCAAUACCGACUCCAGACGGCGAGACUCUGAGCGGCUUCUUGGUCAGACCACCGAACAAGUCUCAAGCAAGACCAAUCACGAUCUUGAGCUUCCAUGGCAAUGCUGGAAAUGUCGGCCACCGACUACCAAUAGCGAAAGUGCUGGCUCACGACUUGCAAUGCACGACGUUGAUGCUUGAGUACCGCGGCUAUGGUCUUUCGACCGGCAAUCCAAGCGAGAAAGGACUUCGAAUCGAUGCCCAGACUGGACUCGACUACAUUCGAAAUCGCGAUGACCUCAAGUCGAGCAACGUUGUCAUCUAUGGACAGAGUCUCGGUGGUGCUGUCGCUAUCGAUCUGGUCACGCAAAACAAAGGCAAAGGAGAUAUCAAAGGCCUCAUUUUGGAGAAUACGUUCCUAAGCAUCACCAAGAUGAUACCAAAGGCAAUACCCAUAGCCAAGUAUCUGACACCGCUUUGUCAUGAAUACUGGAGGAGUGAAGACGUCAUCUCAGAGAUUACAGACAUUCCAAUUCUGUUCUUAAGUGGUCUUCAAGACGAGAUCGUGCCCCCUUCACACAUGAAAGAGCUGUUCAAGCUCUGCCGCUCACCAACUGUCGUGUGGAAAGAGCUUCCCAAUGGCGAUCACAACAACUCUGUGGCCGAGCCUGGCUAUUUCUCGCACAUUGAGGAUUUCGUGCAGUGGCAUAUCUUGAAGAGAUGA